GUUCAGUUGUCAACAAUAAUAUAUCAAAGCAGCUGUUUUCAUUAUUUGGUAAUUACCAAUUGAUUGUAUUAAUAUCGAAGAAAGCUGUCACUUUAUAGAAAGACGUUUAUGUCGAAAUGGAAAUAAAAAGCUCUUCUAAUACAAUUACGGAAAAUAGGAAUCCCAUGGUAAAUAUUACUUCCACAUUUGAAAAUUUUCCAUGGACUGCCUUACAGCAAAGUUCAAAAGGCACGAAUAUUAUUAAAGCAAUAAAUCAAUUGCUAAGUAUGUACCAUCCUAAUGAUGGUAUAAUUGCAUAUGAACGUGUAUUAAGAGCUUUACUUAUAUUAUCUGAAAAUUUGGAUAGCGACUUACAACAACAGAUAAUUUCUAUAGUACCGUUACCAAAAGGAGUCUCAAAUGAUAAAAUAAGAAAUCUGAUAUUUAAAAUUACUGAAUUUAUUAAAGCACCUAAUAACAAGUCAUUGUGUCAAAAAAUUACCAUGACACCUGAAGAAGCUAAUACAGAAAUAUUGAAUGAAGACUCAGAAAUUCAUCUAAACCAAAAUAUUUUACUUGACACAUCUCAAAAUCUUGAAUUGCAUGAAAAAUUUGUAUCUUCAGUACCUGAAGUGUUCAAAGGUUUUCCUCCUAAUGAAAUUUCAACAAUUCAUAAUCAUGUGAAUUAUAUGUAUGAUACAUUGAACUACAAUAUUCCAUAUAUAAAACCUCACGUUAAUAGCAAACAAAGUUUUUCAUUAAAUACUAAUGAAGAAGAAGAAUCAUUAAAACUUCAGUCAACAUUGAAAUGGUUCCAUACUCCUCAUCUUUUGUAUAAAACUAAUCUUUAUCGAAAUUCUACAUCUGGUUAUCAACAAAGAUUUCUUAAAUCAAUGGAUGAUAAAUACUUCCAGUUGUCCAUUGAUAGAUUCAAUAACUGGAAUCAGUGCAAUAUAGCUAACGUGCCUUAUGCACUCCAUCAGGAUACUACAUGUUUAAAAGAAUUAUAUAAAAAUGGCAUAAUUUCAAAUAAACAGAAUAAGAAUGAGAUCUUCAAUUUGAAAAUAACAUAUGAUGAUAGAUUUGUAGAAUCAGAAACAAAUUGUGAGAUUUUACAUAAUGAUGUAAAUGAAAACUUCAAAAAGUAUAGUAAUUUGAACAAAAAUAAAAUUUUUAACAUGGAAGUUCAAGAACAUUUUAAACAAGAAUUAAAGAAUGAACAAGCAAUUCAACAAGAUAUAUAUAAAAUGGAUGUUGUAUAUUGUGAAGAAGAAAGAAAAGAUACAAUAAUAAACAUACAGAUGACACUACAAACAUUAGAAGAAGAGAAUUUAAUGGUGCAUAAGAAACUUAAAACAAGCUUGCAGAACUUUUUAAAACGUGUAGAACAGGAGACUUUAAUCAUGGCAGUGGCAAAUUCCUUGGCAAUAUCAUCUGUAGAAAAUUUCACAAAAUAUGAUCCAUAUUAUUCCAAUCAUUCCUAUCAAAAGCAGCAAUUAUUACAACGUGGACCAUUAAUUGUUAAUCCACAAUUUACAGUACAUACUAUGACACAAUCAAAAUUAUCAAAUAUACAUAACACUCCAUAUGCUUGGAUGAAAUACAACAGUUGGAAACAUCCAACCAUGAAACAAUUAAGACUUCCACAGCAGUUCCCAUUUCAAGUUUCAAGGAAUAAAAAAUGCUAUAUUUUCUUAUUUUUUCAUUCUUAUGUUGAAAGAAAUUCUGUACUACAUUAUGUAAAGACAAUGGAUAUUCAAUGUUUUGCGCAAGAUAAAAGUAAACGAAUGAAGCAAAGUGUACAACGUAAAAAGUUAGAAGACAUAGUUGGGAAAUUGAAAGAGAUAGAAAACAGCAAUAUGAAUAAUUAAAAAAUUAUUACUGACCUCUAUAAGGUUCUUAGUUCUUGAAAAUAUGUUAAUCUAUAAACUCUUUGCAUACAUAUCGAGACAAAUAAUUAUAAAAAAUAGUCAAAGCAUAGCAGCAUAUAUGCAAAUAUUUCAUAAAGUUAUAUGUACUAAAGGAAAGUUCCUUAAAGAAUACAAAUGAUAUAAUAAAAUAUUGAUGGAGACUGUUGAUUUAAGAGAAUACAUAUCAAAUAAAGUUUUUCAUUCUUUCAUUUA